UUAUUAUUAUUAGUCUUAUUGUUAUUAUUAUUACUGUUGUUGUUUUUGUUGUUAGUUCUAUUAACACAUUAUAUAAUUAUACAGAAACUAAGAGACAGCACCCACCUAAAACAAAUAACACACAUACCAGGGGCUUAAAGAAAGAAGAAAAGGGGGGAAACAUCAAGGUCUGCAUAAAUAUUUGCUAACAAUCUCGUUAUCGACAGUCACCAAUUUAAGCACUAAUUCGUUAUAAAAAGAACGCAAAUCAACCAUAUAAUAUUGAAAUUUAGCAGAGGAGGACAAAAACUGGUCCUUUAUCACUCCAUUUACGUUUGUGGAUUAAAAAAAAACGGUGACAUAAAAUAACAGUGUUAACAGAUUAAUAAUAAAGUCACUAAAAUGAUAAAACAAAUCUUCAUUCUCAAAUGCAGGUAGACUGGAAUAAAAGGCAGAAAGCCAAUUUUCAAUUUUGUCCAAAAGUUGUUUUAAAUAAAUCUACACUGGUUUCGCACUAAACCGAACCCUUUCCGUGAGCACGAGGUGGCAAUUGAUUGGACACGCCACUUUCUGCGAUCCCCUACCUUGGGACGGCCUGUGUGUCACGCCCCCUUUUGCUGCACGCGCAUCGAGCUCUUUAGCGGGCGUCAUUUGAUGCCCCAAACGUCGAACCUUCCCUCCCGGUACCCCCUUCUAAACUUAACCAGCCGACGGUGAGAGUUAGGGUGAGAGUGAGAGCUGCGGGGAGGCUGGGCUACUGCAGCGGAGCGAGAGGCGGCAUGGCGAGGCGCCGAGGAAAGAGCAGCAACAAACAGGACGACGCGCUCCUACUGCUGGAGCCUCCGGUGGGACAGUCGCGUGGAAUCAACGAAUAUGUCCUCCCAAGUGCUUUGUUUUUUAUCAUCCUUAUUGGGGGGUUGACACUGGGCUGGUUCUGUAGUCAGCAGCAGCAGGCCAUUGACGACCUGUCCGAAACGCUCACGACCGUCCAGACAAGAGUCACCAAGUUACAGCAGCAGCUCGGGACUGGAAGCGCACAGCUUGCCAGUGUGGGAGGUUUUGAGGAGCGUCUGCUGGCUCUGGAAGAAGCCUACGCCAAGGCCCAGAGACAGGCUGAAGUAGCCCUGGCCGCUUCUGAACAAAUCAAGUCCAAAGACCUUCAGAGCAAAGUAUGGGCUCUGCAGACUGAGAUGAACACCAAAUCAGCUGAGCUCCAGCAGAAUACCAUCUCCAUUGCAUCUCUGAAUGCCAUCAUCAAGAACAAGAGUGAUGAGUUUGAAGCUGUGAAGCAGAGUGUCAGCACCAUCCUGAGUGCUAAUUCAGAUCUAGCCAUUAGCAUUUCUGGCCUCACCAACACACUUUCGGUCACCGAGUCACGUCUGGAUGAGCACAUCUCCGUUGUUGAUGGUCUGAUGUCUCAGCUGGAGGGCCAAAAGAAGGAAAUCACUGAAAUGAAGGAGUCAUUCACAAGCAACCAGGAAGCCCUUGCUAUUAACACACAGGAUUUGAUGAAUAUCAAAGAACUGCUGGAAGUGGAGCAAGUUAAAACGGCUCAAGCGGUGGAGGAGCAGCUCAAGUCUCUGUACAGGAGUCUGGAUGACCAUCAGACCAGCACAGAGAGUCUUCAUACCCACCUCACUGCCCAACUAGAGGCCGUACAGACCCAGUUCGUGCCUGGAGCUCAGCAAGAGGAGGGUCAGGUUGAGGAACACAAAGACACUGCUGAUAGAAAAGAGCAAGAAACCAAGGAACGUACUGAAGAAGAAGAGUCUACAGAGGAACAAGGAGCCAGCGAAGAUGAAGUUACUGAGGAACAAGGUGGAAGAGAGAAGGAAGGAGAUGCUGAGGAACAUAGAGUCCGAGCAAAGAAGAAAAGGACUGAAGAGCAAGAGGCAAAAGAGGAGAAAGCAGUUUCUGAGGAACAAGAAGCAAGAGAGGAGGAACAAGUAAUUGAGGAACAAGGAGAAACAGCAAAGAAAGAACUUACUGAGGAACCAGAAACAAGAGAGCAGGAAGAAUUAUCUGAGGAACAAGGAACAGCAGCAGAAGAAGUAACUGAAGAACAUGUAGCCGGAGAGGAGGACAAAUCUGCUGAAGAACCGGAAGCAGGAGAGCAGGAGGAGUUACCAGAGGAGCAAGGAAUAACAGCAGAAGAAGAAUUUCCUGAGGAACAUGGAGAUAUUCCAGAGGAAGUUGAAAUAAGCAAGCGACAAGUAAAGAAGCAUGCAGCAAAGAAGAUUCAGACUUCAGAAGAAUCAGAGACCACCACAAAUCAAACAGAGGAGACAGACUUGGACAAAACUGAAGAAGAUGAGCAAAGAGAAGAGACUGAGGAGACCGUUGAGGAGGAGCAAAUGGAGGGGACCGUUGCAGAGGAAAUUCGGACUCUUCCAGAGGAGACCGAUCUGGAUGUGAAUGAAAACGAGGAGACUUUUGCUGAGGAGCAAGAAGAGGAGAAGUUUGUGGUGGAGAGUCAGACACUUUCAAAUAAGGAGGAGAAUGGAACUGACGAGCAAGAAUCAGAGGCAGAUACUUCAGAAUCAGACGGUGCCACAAAUGAGUCAGAGGAGAGUGUUGUAGGAGCCUCAGAAGAGCAGGAGGGAUACAGUUCCCAGGCUGAGACUGAGCAUCAACCAGCGGAGGAGCUUCCAGAAGAGUCUGCCAAAGAAUAGGCUGUUACUGAAUAAGUAGAAAAAGCAAGAACUUUUCAAGAGGUUGAAAAGGCAACCAGGAAACCUGUGAAGGAGACUGUGGAAGCUCAAGGUGUUAUGAGAUUUCUCAGCUCUUUUAAGAAGGGCUGUGAUGCUUUUUGUGAGACUUUUUGCAUGAACAGUACAUGGUUUUCACUAACAGGCUUUUGAUAAAACAUGAGAUUUAUUACUUGAGAUUUAUUUUGCAAUUUUUUUUAGUCUCAAUAAAUGAAGUGUCCAUGAUGUACUAUGGACAUGGGGCAGUAUUUAAUUCCAGUUGUCUCUCUAACUUGAGAAAAUGCUAUUUGUUUUACAUCACAGUAGGUGUCAGACGUUACUGCAUUUUUUAAACAGUUUUCAAGUCAGAUGUUCUUUCCUUAUUUACACUAGCCUUUUUAAAUAAACCGGUUUCUACAUUUUA